CCCCACCCCUCUUGCGCCGCGGCGGUGCCUCCCCCCUCACUCCGUCGCCAUGCUGCUGCGAUCGCCGGCGAGGUCGGGCGGCAUCCACCUCCGCUCGCUCCUGGGGGCGCGAGGGUUCAGCUCCUCCUCCCCGCCCUCGGCUCCUGCGGCGGCGGAAGGGGACGAUGGGAAGAUUGUGGCGUCGGUGCUGUUCGAGCGCCUCCCCAUCGUCAUCCCCAAGAUCCACCCCGUCGUCUACGCCUUCCAAGAAUUCUCGUUUCGGUGGAGGCAGCAGUACAGGCGGCAGUACCCUGACGAUGUGCUCGGCAAGGCUGACGCUAGGGGUAAGGGUGAUUAUCAGAUAGAUUAUGUGCCUGCUCCAAGAAUAACAGAAGCUGACAAAGCAAAUGACCGGAAGUCAUUACAACGAGCUCUUGACAAUAAACUAUAUCUCCUGCUGUAUGGCAAGUCCUUUGGAGCUCCUGAUGGCAAGCCCGUUUGGCAUUUCCCAGAAAAAGUUUAUGAGAAUGAAGACACUUUGCGAUUGUGUGCUGAAUCAGCACUAAAAUCUGUUCUGGGUGGACUCAACAAUACAUAUUUUGUUGGUAAUGCUCCAAUGGCUCAUAUGGUAGUUGAACAGAAUGAAGAGUCAAGCGCUUCAUCAUUCAAGCGAUUCUUUUUCAAGUCACAAGUGGUCGGUGCCACAAAACUCAAUAUCGGAAAAUGCCAGGACUACGUGUGGGUGACCAAAGAUGAGUUGCUGGAGUACUUUCCAGAGCAGAAGCCUUUCUUCAACAAGAUGAUCAUUCACAUAAGAUAGCCAUAUUAUCUGGUUGAGGCAAGCUGGGAUUCUGAAGUCUGAGCGAGGAACAUUUGUUUUAUUGCUUGACUGGUGUACAAUUUUUCUGCCACUUCUUGGCAAGGAAAGCAUACUGCUACAUUAACAUUUUUUUUGUGUCAUCUUAAGAUCAAUUAGAAGGCAAUCGUGUAGCCUGUAGGCUCUUUCGCAGCUUCUGUAUUUUAACAUGAUGUACUGUUAUUCUGUUCUUGCUGAAAUAAUAACAUGCCAUUUUGGCCCUCC